CUCAAUCACGCAACCUCAACAUGCGUGGAGUGCGCGUGUAUGUGGGCCGGCUGCCGGCGGACGCGACGCAGGCCGACCUUCAGGACCGCUUCCAGCGUGUGCUUCCUGCGAAUGUGAGUAUGGUCACUGUGGAUCUCAUGCGGAACUCGAGCGCGACGGACUUUGCGUACUUGGAACUAAAGUCCAACACGGACAACGCCGACGACGAGUACGCGGCAGUCCAAGCCGUCGUUCAGGCGUAUCACAACACCAAGUGGAAGGGCAAACGUCUUCGAGUGGAACCUGCGCAUCCAGACUACUUGGCUCGACUGGCGUACGAGUGGGAGGCCACCGCCGCGCACAAGGAGGCCAUCGCAGCCGCGCGCGUCCCUUCGCAUGCAACCGUCGAGCCCGCGGCGACCGAGCUCAAUCUCAAACCUUCCAAAAGGUUCAAGGGCUCCAAGGUCACGUUUGACGACGACGGACAUGGUACCGUGGUCGUGCAGGCGAUCGUAGCGGCAGCGCGCGCCACGAAGGAAGUCGCUCCUGUCAUGACCAACGCCGCCAUCGAAUCUGACCCAGAGGACGACGACGACAGCGCAUCGCCGCCGCCGGCUGCCACCGCGCCAUCAUCGUCGUCGACGGCUACCAAGAGCGUCUCCCUUUCUAAAGCUCCCCACAAACCCGUUGAGUUGGCUGACUUGAGCUCGGAAAGCAGCAGCGACGACGACGACGACCAUGAUGUGAUGGCUAACCAUCCCCAAGUGACCUCUCCAGUCAUAAUCCCCUCUCGAACGGCAUCAACGGCCGCGUUGAGCUCGGAAAGCAGUGACGGUGACGAUAUUGGUGACGAUAUUGGUGACAAUGAACAAGCUCAGAACGACGUGAAAGAACCGAGUUCCGACACCAGCGACGACGACGAAGACCAUGACAUGAUUAGCAGCAGGAACAGUGUCGCAGAUCCCGUGGCAGGUACUACGAAUCUCCCAUCCAACGCCCAGAUUCGUACAAGCCAUGUCGAUGGCAAUGAGAGUGGAAAUGAGAGUGGAAAUGAGAGUGACGUUGCUUCCACCACACACCCUGCAUCAACCCCGUCUAGUCGCCUCACGUUUGAAAUUCAUAGGACCGACGAGAACGAGCGGCGUCGUCGGAUGGACGCAAAUGCACGUCGUCUGGCGGCGAUAGCUGAGAAGGACCUAAUUAGAGCAAAAGCAAGCACAAAUACGGUGGCAGUAGCGGCGGCCAAUUCCAAGAUCACAUUCGACAGCGACGGCGAAGCACAGGCCGAGGUGGUGGCGCCGUCUGUGGGCUUCGGAGAUGAUCCCAUCAUAAACAAACAGAAGAAGGCGCUGUUUAUCGAGUCUGACGAGUCUGAUCAUGAGGACAGUUUAUUGGGUGGAGCCAACUCGUCGGUGGCCUUUCGCCCCGAGUUUGCUGGCGUCGAGGGCAAAAAAUUGUUUGAUUUGCAAAAGCGAUUUGGCGGCGACGAUCGAUUUCGAUUGGAUGAGCGGUUCAUGGACGAGUUUGCGGGCGACGAUGGUGAUGACGUGGCAGCAGCCCCACCAAUCAGCGUGGACCCUGUGGACGACUCGAUCCAGGCGUGGAAAGUGAUAGACGACCGUGACGUGGCAGCCCAGCAGGCCGAGGAAAAAGCCGAGCAGAUUCGCGCGCUGGAGAUGCUCCAGGAUUUAUUUCCCGACAUGAAAAUCGACAAGGGCAAAUGGACCAUGGGCCAAGUGCCUGAUCAAAAACAACUCGGAUGGCUUGCGUCGAUGCGUCGGUACGAUCCUCGAGAUGCGGCGGCGGCGAAAACGAUGGAAGCGGUGGCGCCAACUGACGAAACCACGUCUCAGUCCCGUCGUCACCGUGACAACAAUGAUGACAGUGAAAGUGACGAUUUUGAGACGGGGACCACGGCAAAGUGGACCGACGCGCCGCUGCCGCCCGUGUCCACGGAACGCUACUUUACGGCCACGUCCGACCUCUCGACCAUGUUUUCACGCGUGCGAGCCAACUCGGAGGAUGGCGACGAGAUGGAGCCGGCUUUAGAUGGCCUCGCAAUCAGUGCAGCCCAAACAUCGUCCGUGUUUAGCUUUGCAUCCAUGUUUGAACCCCCCGUGGAAAACGAGGCUCAGGACUGGUCGACUAGUUCGACUGCUGACGACCACACGAAAGCCAACCACGGCGACGAUGAGGCGUGGCAUUUUGCCAAAAGUACCCGGGAUGACGACGGCAGCACGGACGGGGAGAAUGAACAAGAAGAGGAGGAACAAGGAUGCGCGACAACGGCGAUCAAGCGACCGGUGGCCGAAGUGCUCGCGUUUGGACGUACAUUUUUCAAGCCGGAACAGUGGACCCCCGAACACGAAGCUGCGUGGGUGUCGAUGCGAAAGAUAUACACGGUGGACUUUCGACGAAAGCACAAACAGGCGCUGAAAAACAGAAAAAACGCCAAAAAAGCCAUGUCGCGCCACCCUAAAAAGUAAUCACGAACACAUCAUCGUCGGGUAUCAGAUUUGUUUGACAAGAAUGCAUUGACCAAAUGAAUAAUCAUG